AUGGCAGUCAGAAAUAGUGUUAAAAUAAUUGCUCUGUUAAUUAUGCUCUUGAAAACCGUGACAGCUUCUGGGAAUCGCGAAGAUGUCGUUUCUAUAAAAGUUCUACUUGUUGCGGGUGAAGGAGUGAGUGUUGAUUCGACGGGGUCGGUAAAAUUAAUGGAACAACAAGAGCAUAAGAUUCGCUUUAUUGGAAACGGUGUUGUCAAUAUAAGUUCAGUGGCUAUAACCAAGAAUGAGGGCAACCGUGGAGAUGAGUGUAUUUUAGGCGAAGGGGAUCAAGAGAUCAAUAUAGUAGAAUUAUUAGGGGAUGAUAAUGGAUUAUUUGUUUUGAAUUUACCGUUCAUUGAUGAAGAUUAUCGAUAUGUUUGUGUAAAAGAGAUAUUAAGUUCCAAUGAGAAUAAUAAUGAAACACGGACUACAUGGCUACACCAGG